AGGAGCCACUGGUGCCCGUAAAGUGCAUAGCGCCGAAACGAAAGGAAGGCAGGAAGAAGGGACGAGGUUGAGCCCGGGACGAGGACCUGACGACUCUCCUCCACGGCGAAUCUAACCCGGGUACGCGCGGGGUUGCUCAUCGCGCGCGCGAUUCGUAUGAGUUGCCAGCGGAAAUAAAGUAACGUGCCUUCCUCCGUGAGCUGCGAGCUCCGCUUCCAUCGUCGACGAUCACGACGGGUGAGCACGAUGUGAAACCACGAGGCGCUCGAACGAGAGAUUCCCCCCGAGCCCGUCGUGCUUUCCUGCAGGAGGUAUCCUCGGGAAUGUGCGCCAGCUUGUUUCUUCCGACCUCAACGUCGCCGAUAAUCGUGCCGAAGAUCUUUUGACGUCGGACAGGAGAAAGACACUUCGAGUUGACGGAAGAUACUCCGUGUUGACGGUCAACGGAGAUAGAGCGUUCUCGAGGAAGUUCCACAGUCAUAGAAUACCGUCGAUGAUACCGGGAUACACUUAACACACGAGGAGUAUGAGUGAUUCGCGAUGUGGGUGUCCACGGCAGUGUGGUGAUCCAGAAUGUCAGUGAUCGACGAAAUCGACGGGGGAGAAUCGGGGAUAGCCGUCAACGACCGGCGGCAAAUAUUUCGUCGCGAGUGUUAAAGUAUCUUAUCGCGUGCGAGGCUAGCGGUCGCGGUGGAGAGAUAUCGACCGCAGCCGUCGAAUUAAUCGUCGAAGGUCGCGAGCACCGCCUCGCUCCGUUGUCCUUCGCUCAAUCCGAUCGACGAUCCCGGCACUCUCCUGCACAGUCGAUGAUCUCAGUGAAGAAGAAAAAACCGAUGACCGACAACCAUGGUCGAACAUGGAUCUGCUGCGGAGAUACGGAAUCGCACGAAAUCCACGAGCUCCCUCGUUGAACCUCUCGCAUUCUCUUCGAUCCUAUCCGAUCGUAUCUUUCUCAAUUCAUCUUUAAUAGCAUAGAACAAACGAUUCCAAUUCUAGCAAUUUUUGAGAAAACGUGUGUUCAUCACAAUUGUCUCAACUAGCCGGGCAAUAAAUACAGCUUAUGAAUGAGGUUGAAGGGUGAAACUGUUCCCAUGCGUUCAUCUUCUUCAAGCACGUUGGUCAUAACUCACAAUAGAGACCAGUCGCUGCCUCAUGUGCUGUAGUUUGACAACGCGACCUCGCAGAAAGCCAUUAUCGUUAAAAUCGAUUACAGCUGUUACAUCGACAAAAUCAAUUUGUGCACGAAUACGGAAUCGUUAUAUUUAUGAGCAAUCGAUCUCUCCUCUCUCUCUCUCUCUCUCUCUCUCGUCACCGAUUGUUCAAAAAAAAAGAAAAAAGCUUCAAGUUUUUCGUGUCUCGGUGAUAGAGUGCUUGCACUUCCUUAUCCACACGGUCGGGCAGAUCGAACUCGCACCGGGUCUAAGGACUUCGACCGCUACGCUCCCUCGCUGUUUUCCCGAGGCUGCGCGCGCGAGGAAACGCGUGGUUGAAUCGAAGCGACCCUCUCCGAACGAGACCCACUGACCUAUCGACUCGGCGCGGGGCUGCCACUCGAGGCCGUUCCAACUAUCCCUCUUCUACACUUUCCACCCUGAUGUUUGUUGUUGUUGCUCUUAGCCCCUUGGCCCUUGACAACUCGGUUCCUCCGAACUUUCGAACGCAUCAAAAAUCACUUGCUCCUCAUUCACGAGCGUAUAAACGACACUUCUUCCCGUAUAGUGUCUUAAAUUAACAACGUUAACCUCAAGAAUUUUACGACGGUGCAGCAAAAUUGCAUUUUCGAUUCGUCGCCAUCGCUUUUCCAACAUCCUUUUCAUGCCGACGAACUCAAUCGAUAGGAUCCCACGAAAAUGCACCGAAGCAAAUGUCCGCUCGCGCAUAGCGAAAAAUCGAUCAAAAGCGGAUACAUCGAGCUCGAGAUUCUCUUCGAUAUCGACGCGUCGUCGUGUCAACGUGACGUAAAAGUGUGGCGUACCGAUACGAGCCGUUAAUGAUAUCUAAAUGAACGUAACGAAGCAGAUCAAUAUUAUCAAUAUAAAGCCACCAAUCAAGCACGAAAGACAACACAAAAGAUUAAGAGUGAGACGAGAACGUUACACGCCUCAUGAAGAAAGACGCUUUAAAAGGGUGUUCUCUUUAAGUCCCUCUCUCUCUCUCUCUCUCUCUCUUGUCUCUCGAGAAACGAUGAUCUCAAUGUUUACGAAGAGAUGCAAAUAAAUCCUGCAAUAAUUCGCACAUGAAUAUUUACAUAUAGACGAGAAUAUAAUGGGAUAGAAGCCCAAGGCAAGUACUCGAGUAAUCUCGAAAGUGACUGACUGGUUAUUCGAACUGACUGGUUCAUUCAUUCUCCUCAUCUCGUCGCUGGCCUCAACGCAACGCAACAACAACGACGCUGUCUACGACAGUUAUCAUACGUAGAAAUGCCAUAGCUCAUAUUAGAGUAUCUUUAUUGAAAGCAAAAACAAAUCGCACGAAAAAAUGGCUGAAAGCGCAGCCAGUCCGGGCAACGUGCAUGCGAACAGUCCGCAACAGCAACAACCGCAGCAGCAACAGCAGCAGCAGCAACAACAACAACAACCACAACAACAACAGCAGCAGCAACAACAACAAACGCAACAGCCCCCAGAUAUAAGUAGUUCACAACUGACAUCACCGCCGAUCACGGGAACAGGUAAGAUCAUUAUUUUCAUUCUAUGCGCAUACUUGACGGCCACUUUGCGAUGGGAAGAACAGAAGAAGGAGCAAGAAUAGGUGAACGCGUGUGAGAAGGGGAGCGAGGGGGAGGAAGAAGAAGGGAGAGCCGAGAGAAAGACGGUUUAUGUAAUCGCAUCCUGCGUGAAUAUGAUAGUCGGAUCUCGUCCUGGUGCUUAUUUACGUGCAAAGUACGCAACGUGACUGUCUUUUUUAUUGGGGCCGUGGCAGAGGUAUUGCGUAGCAUGUGGAGACUUUAAACGAUACUACAAAAAAAUCAUAAGAAAGAGAGAGCUCGCGAUCGUUAUCGCGUUGUUACCGCCGGUAAAGGUCCAUUCUCGAGGGUUAUUACGUCACUUUGAUAUGUCCAAUGUCAUAAUACAAAUCUAUCAGAACACAAUACUACCAGAAGCAAUAAUUCCAUUAAAAUAGUACGGGAUGUGUGCAUGAUUUAAUUUUUGGUGCGAGGACUCAAAAAGCUCACACUUGAUGUGAAUCACCUGUGAAUCAUAGGUGAGAAUCAGAAACAGGAGAAGCCUGCGACUAUGUAUAAAGCUCGAUCAGUUGAAAUAACAAUACGCUUCGGAAUUUUCGAUCGUGUGUGUCACAGCUUUUUAAUACCCAACAUUAGAUCAAUACUGUGAAACGAGAACGGCCGAUGCCGUUCUAUAACUCUGAGUAGCUAUGGCCGGCAGGAAGUCGAAGACACUUCUUCCCGUAAUAAGAUCGUUUUUAUGAAAAAUUUAUUGGAAUUAUUUUGCGACCUUUUAAUUUCGCUGUUGUACUUACAUAAAGAUUAAAAGGACGCGUAUCUUAAAACAAAAAGCUAUCGCAGAGAGAGAGAGAGAGAGAGAGAGAGAAAAGGUUAAUAGAAAAGUAAUUUCCCAUCUGUCUGAUAGACGUCGAAUAGAGACAGCUACUAAGCGGAGAAUACGUGGUAUAGCGUAAUACCUGUCGCAUAAUUCCAUCGCAAUCCCGCAAUGACACCUGCCAUUUUUGCCUUCAGGCUACACGCAAGAAUAUCCCAUAAUCUAGCGGGAGUCGUCGAAUUGAAACGCGCGAUUGAAAAAACGAAAAAUUUGAAUGACCAACUCUUCGUUCUUUAAAAUCAAACUAUCAUAAAUAUUGUCUUCUAAAAUUAAAAUGUUUAAAUAUAUAUUAUAUUGUAAUUGUUAUUAUAA